GCUAUGCCAUAUUUUCCACUUCAAUUACCCAGCGUUUCGCAGAGCCAAGUCCAAACUGAACUGGCCCUUGCACGCCGCUAGCCUCCAUAGACUCACUUGAUAUGAGCUCUAAUGUUGUCGUCAGUGGAAAGAGCUGCGGCGCAUAGGCAGCGCCCGAGCGGCCCAGGCAGUUGCUUGCACGCCCCACUGGCACUUCGCGUGUUGUGCACGGUGGCCUCCCCAGCGCACUCAAUCGAACCGACUCGCGUCCGCGCGGCCGGGCACUCCAGCCCACAUGGCACGACUGCUCGGCCCUUAGGUCCGACUGCAAAAGCUACUGCAAAGCCAGCGGGGCCCACGGCUUUGUUGCUGCCGCUAGCCACCGUGCUAGCCAAGCUGGGAAAUGACCCGCAGCAACUGCUGGGCUGGGAGGUGCGAGUGGCCGCACCAGCGGGGCAGCGCUCGAGCAAAUCCGUGACCAGCAGCUUCGGAGCAGCUCCAGUCUUCCAGGUCGCCGGACCGCGCGCCCGGUCUGUGCUCGGCGUUGUGAUGGCGGUGGAGCAUGGCCCUGGCGGCAGCGGGAGCGGCGCCGCGGCCGCUUCUCACUACAGCAACACCACGAGCCCGCGCAAGACACUCGAGCAGCAGGACCACACCUUGCGCACCGCAAGGCAGCAGCAACUGCAGCAGCAGCAGCAGCAGCAGCAGCCGCAGCUACAGCCGCAGCUACAGCCGCAGCUGCAGCUGGCAGCCAGGCCGCAGCAGGGCCAGGUAGUGCUGCGGGUGGUGUGCCGCGCGGCUGUGGACGCGUGCGGCGGCUUCGAGGGCGACCAGGUGCUGCUGCUGCCCCUGGAGUCGGGGCUGGUGGCGCGUGGCGACGUGGUGGGGCGGGUGCUGUGGCUGGAAGCCGUGCCGACAGACCUUAUGGCAACCGCGCGCCGGGGUCUGCUGCUGCAACUCAUCCGGCGGGAGCUGCUGCGGCUGGGGCUGGGGUCGGGGCCGGAGGGGCGGGUGCAGGAGGCCGCUGCCGGGACAGGCGGGCCAUCCGAACUCGGCGCUUCGGCACAGGCCGAAGGCCCAGCGCCGACGCAACAGCAGCAGCAAGAGCAGCGGAAACAGGAGACGCAGGAGCAGGUGAAGCAGGAGCAGGAGCAGGCAAAGCAGGAGCAGCGGGAGCAGGAGCAGGAGCAGGCAGCACGGCUGGCUCAGAUGGCGAUGCCCAGCCGCCAGGAACUGCUGGCCGCGGGCCGGGGGGAGCUGGUGGAGGUCAUUGGCGCGGCGGGCGGGUUCGCGGAGGUUGCUCUGCAGCUUGGGCUGCGCUGCUCGCGCCGGCCGCACGGCUUCUGGACGGGUCCGGGCAGCUGGCAGCGGUUGGCAGUGGAGCUGGCGGGCUUUGUGGCGGCGGCCUGGACCGAGCUGCCUGCGCCGGAUGAGCCGGGCCGCGUGUAUUACUACAACCAGGUCAGCGGCCGCACCACGUGGCAGCGGCCCGCCGCCAUGGCCGCCGCCGCCUCGAGCUGGGCUACAGGCGGGACGGCGGCGGCGAUGUCGCAAAGCAGCGGCGGGCCGCGCGGUGGCGGCGGCAGUGGCGUGCUGGAGGCAGAGACGGCGGCUGACAAGGUCAUGCCCUCUCGCGCCGUCAUCAUGCAAGCCCAACGGCGCGACCUGCACGGCGCGAUCAUGCUGCACGGCGGCUAUGAGGCGGUGGCGGCGGCGCUGGGCCGCCGCGUCACGUGGGCCGUCAGCCGGCGGCUGGCGGGCGGCUCGCCGGAGGAGCUGAGGCGGGAGCUGGAGGCGGCGGCGGAGGAGCUGGGGCUGCCGGCGGGCGUGAUGCCCACUGCACGCGAGCUGCAGGACCUGGGUCGCGGCGCGCUGCUGACGGCGGUGCGGCAGCGGGGCGGCUUCCAGGUGGUGGCGAGGCAGCUGCGCUUCGCGCCGCGCGGCAAGCGGCGGCCGCGGGGCUCGUGGGAGGACCCCAAGGUGUUGGCGGCGGAGCUGGCCGCGUGCGCCGUGGCCGCCGCGGCCGCGUCGCCCCCAGCAGCGCCAGCAGCGGAGGCGCGCAGCAAUAGCCGUUCUGGGCCCCGGGAAGGCCGGGCGUCUCGAAGGGGGCGACGGAAAGGGGCGGCGCAGCAGGGCGCGGCGGACGGGAAGGAGGUGGAGGAUGGGGAGGAUGGGGAGGAUGGAGGGGAGGCGGGUGAGCGGCGGCACGCGCAGCACGGGCGGCAGGCGCUGCUGCCCUUCCCCACCCGCAGCCAACUGCUGGCGGCGGGGCGGCAAGACCUAGUGGCGGCGCUGCAGAACCACUACCACGGCCCGGACCGGCGGGCGCUGCUGGCGGAGCUGGGCGGGCUGGCGCUGACGAGCCGGCGGGGCACCAACCGCAACGCGCUCAGCCUCGAGCUCGUGGUGGCGGCAAUACAGGCGGGCCACCGCACGCCGGGCUCCAUCCGGGGCUACCUGUUGGAGCAGGCGGGCGUGCAGGUAUCGCAGCAGUACCUGGGCCAAUACUUGCGGCGGCACUCGGCAGCAGCGGCAGCAACUGGCGCUGGAGCUGGAGCUGGAGCUGUAGGGACAGGAUCUAAAGGGACACGGGGGAAAGGGUCAGGGGGGAAAGGGGCUGGGGCGAAAGGGGCAGGAGCGAAAGGGGCAGGGGCGAAAGGGGCAGGGGCGGCGGUGGCAGAUGCGGAGGCCGCUGCUGCCGCCGGUGCAGGGGAUGGGGAGGAUGGCGCAGGUGCGGAGGAGCUGGAGGCGGGUGGGGGCGCAGUGCUGGUCCGGCUGGGGUACGGCACCUAUGGCCUUGCGGCGGAUGUGGAUUGCCUGUAGGGCGCAGGAGGCGAGGCUGAGGCUGAGGGUGUUGACGAGCUGGGUUGUGGUGAAGCUGGCUCAAGCGCUGGCCGCAGGGCUUGCCGGUAGGUCGUCCGAA